AUGUCUGUACAACCAAUGGAAACAGAAGAAAACUUAAACAAUGCAUCGUUUAUUGAUAUGAAGCGUACCGCUAUUGACCAUUUUGGACGCCUUGGUUUCUUUUAUGAUGCAUGUCGAGAUUGUCUAAUUAAACAGCCGAAUAUUAAUGUAAAAGAAACAUUAUGUCAAGUGGAUAAAAUAGUCACAGGCGAGAUUAAAUAUGGCUAUGAUGAUCAACCUCAAAAACUUUUACGACUUCUUUCUAUAGACGAACAUUUAAUGUUAAGCAUACUAUUAGAAUUAACACCAAAUACAGACAAAACUUCACUCAUUAACUAUUCUCAUCUAUCGAACAAAUAUACUCGAUUAUUCUGCUACUCUUAUAUAGAUCAUAUACAAAAAUUAUCCAACAAAAUAAAAGAUAUUAAACAGUUUAUGUAUUCAUCAAUAUCUUCAACUGCAGCAACUCAUAUUAUAACUGGUAUUGAAUGGGGAAUUGACUUAGUUGUUCUUCUACAGUUACCAGUUGACCAUGAUAAAGCAGUGCAGAUAGAUACUAUACUUAACAAACUUCUUUCAUCUUUACUUCAUGAGGAAAGUAUUUGUCCAUUAACUCAAGAUGAAGAAAGUCUUUUAGAACAUAUUGUUCAUACGAAAGUUUACACUUAUGUAUCUGGAUUAAAUCAUGUGACUAAAGUGCGUGAUGUCUGCCACUAUAUAAAAGAAAACAUAAACAAUAUUAGCGACUAUCCGAUAACUUAUAUCCUUCAACCUAUCAAAGAUUUCUCUCGACAACAUAAUGAAGAAUGUCGAAAAUUUACUCUUCUCUCUAAAGAACUCAAUGAAAAUAUCGAAGAUUACGUCCUUAAACUAAUAGUGGAUAGAGAAAAAUUACAAAAUACUAUUCUAGAAGAUAUGCCGAAGUUUUCAAGUGAAUAUUUGAAACAUCAACAAAAUAAUAUUCAAAUACAAUGGCUCAAUGUGAAUGAAAAGAUUACGAAUGAAAUCAAGCGACUGUCAAAUUUCGUUAUCCAAAUUCGUAGUGGUGAAGCUGAAAACCUAUUCAUCAAACAAAUAUUUAACGAUAACGAACAAAUGAUAAUAAAAAAUAGUAUUGAUGAAUUAAAACAAAAUGUAAAACAUCUCGAAGAAAAAGAACAUUUUAUUAGAUGUUUAAAUCAACAAAAUUUCCAAUAUUUGAAUGUCAUCGAGUACAACAUCGAUCAAUCAGAUAAUGAAAAUUCUAUCGAACAUAAACUUGUUCAAAAUCAUCAACAUUAUCGAAUUCUUUGCUCAAAUGAUUAUUUAAACAAGAAUAACUCAGAAGAAUUACAAAAAUUAAUCUGUGAUCUAAUAGAAGAAGCUAAAAAUAAUUCGAGUUUACAUCUUAUUUAUGCUGAUUUUUCAGACUGUUCUUUUCCAUUAUCUACUAUGAUGGUGUUGUCAUCAUUAAAAAAGGCUCAUGAAGACAUGAUCGAUCAACUUUCAUCUGAAUUGUCUACAGCGAUGGAAACAUUUACUGUACCGUUUACAGAACCUGACAUACUUACUGAUCAGCCAACACCGACGUCAGUGUCAAUUGAUGAAACUAUCAAUAUUGUUCUUUUGGGUGAAACAGGUGUUGGAAAGUCAACUUUUAUUAAUGCUUUUGCCAAUUAUCUUACAUUUCACACACUUGAAGAAGCUGAAGCAGGUCAAUCAGUUGUACUCAUACCUGUUUCAUUUAUGAUUACGGUUGGUGAUAACUUUGAAGAGCAUAUUGUAAAAUUUGGUAGUGUAGAUGAAUCAAAUAAUGAAGAUUUUGAUCAUCCUGGCCACUCCGUGACACAACAUUGUAAAUCAUAUAUAUUUAAUCUGAAUGACAGCGAUCAAAGAAAGCUAUGUAUUAUUGAUACACCUGGAUUUGGUGAUACACGAGGCAUUGAACAAGAUGAUCUCAAUAUGGAACAUAUUUUAGAAUAUGUGAAUAAUCUUACUCAUAUAAAUGCAAUAUGCUUUCUUCUCAAACCAAAUGAAUCGAAAUUGCAUAUCUAUUAUCGAUUAUGUCUUAAUCAAUUAUUCUCCGUUUUAGAUCAAAAUAAUGUUAAAAAAGUUAUUGUUUGUUUUACAAAUAGUCGAUCAACAUUUUAUACUCCAGGCGAUACGGCACCAUUACUCAAACAGAUGCUUAGAUCUCUUGCAAUCGGUGAUGUUCCAUUCAAAAAAGAGAAUACAUUUUGUUUUGAUAGUGAAUCAUUUCGUUAUUUAGUUGCUCUACAAAAUGGAAUCAACUUUAGUGAAUUAGACAGACAAGAAUAUGAAAUGAGUUGGAUUAAGUCAGUACAUGAUUCAAAACGACUUAUUGAAUAUAUUUGUAAAGAACUAGCUAGUCGUUGUAUUCAACAGGAAUGA